AUGGCUGGGAAGCCCAAACUUCACUAUACGGAUGCACGGGGCAGUAUGGAACCCAUCCGGUGGCUUCUGGCUGCAGCUGGUGAAAAAUUUGAAGAGAAAUUUAUAACAUCUCGAGAAGACAUGCAGAAAAUUAAAAAUGAUGAAAGUUAUAUGUUCCAACAAGUGCCCAUGGUUGAGAUUGAUGGGAUGAAGCUGGUGCAGACCAGAGCCAUUCUCAACUAUAUUGCAGACAAGCACAACCUCUAUGGGAAAGACAUAAAGGAGAGAGCACUGAUUGAUAUGUAUACAGAAGGCAUAGCAGAUUUGAAUCAACUGGUUCUUCAAUACCCAUUCCUUCCACCUGGGGAACAAGAGGCAAGCCUUGCUCAGAUAAAAGAAAAAGCAAGAAACCGCUAUUUUUCUGCCUUUGAAAAGGUUUUGAAGAGCCAUGGACAAGACUACCUUGUUGGCAACAGGCUGAGCAAGGCAGACAUUCACCUGGUUGAACUUAUCUAUAAUAUGGAAGAACUGGACCCCAAUGUGAUUGCCAGCUUCCCUCUGCUGCAGGCCCUGAAAACAAGAAUCAGCAGCCUCCCCACUGUGAAGAAGUUUCUUCAGCCUGGAAUCCAGAGGAAGCCGCCUUUGAAUGAGAAAAGUAAGGAAGAAAUAUUGAAGAUUUUCAUGCUUCAUAAUGAGAUUGUUGAAUUGGCUGAAAGUGUUGGUCAGGAUGAGUCACUGAUGUUCCAGAAAGGGCCUAAGGCUGAGAUAGAUGGGAUGAAGUUGGUGCAGACCAGAGCCAUUCUCAACUGCAUUGCCAACAAAUACAACUUCUAUGGAAAAGACAUACAAGAGAGAGCCCUGUGCUCUGUAUUCUCUGUUCUUACAUCAGCAGAUAAUGCAGGGGUGAUGUGUAAUUAUCAUAAGACCUUCAGGCAACACCGUCCUGGAUUAUCAAGAAAGGCCCUGAAUCCAAUGACAAGUGUCCCCAUAACACAGAGAAGAAAAGUCAGACAGGCAAGGGGUGAGGAGGUGGAAGACAGAGGGAGAGACUACCAUGAUGUGGCCACAGCAUCAGAAGCCACUGGCUGCAUGGCCCACACUGGGAAGGAAGAGGUCCCACCAUGCUCGGGGUUGGGGUUUACCUGCGACUCUGCUUCUGAGGAAAGAGAAGUUUAUUUAGCUCACAGUUUUGGAGAGUGA